AUGAGGUUCCUUUUAGACCAGAACUUCCACGUCUACAAGGCCCAGCAUUCUCCUGUGUUUACACAGUCCCACUUAUCCACCAUACAAACACACUCUGCAAACUAUGUGUAUAAUAAGUAUAUUUCCACUUCAACAGACGUGAUCCCAAAGUAUGAUAGUGUUGAAGACGUGGAGAUUGACGUUAAUGCAGAUUCUGUAACCCAAGGAGAUUUGGUCGUGACUUAUGUUACGAUAAAACACGGUUCUUCUUCGCAGAUGGCGUGUUUUGUUAGAGAUAAGGACUUUGUUUUGGCAUUACUAAAAUCUGGAGCACCAGAGUUUUUGGUGAAUUUACUCGAGGCAUUGGACUUUGAAAAGCCUCUACUGCUUCGACCCCAGCCGGUGGGUAGCGAAGGAAUACAAACGUUGGUGGAUGCAAUGGCACCUGUUUUGGUUGCAGAUCUGGGGAUUAUGGGGAACAUCGAUAUAACGUUUACACCGAAGGUGAAACUAAAGAAGGAUUCACUAAAAGAGAUUUUGAUUAAUGUGCCGAGGAAAGAUUCUUGCAGGUUGUUAGAAGGAUCCAGCCAGCCAAUGCAUGCUAUAGUGCUGUGGUUGACUAAAGCCACUAGUGUUAAGUUCAAGAAUAUGGAGACAAAGACAUUUACCAGCGAUUUAAUAUGCGUUUCGAAAAAUGGCAGAAUCAGGUUAAUUGGCGAUAAUAUUUUAGACGAUGAGUCUGCUACUACGUUGGUAACUCAAGUAUGUCGUGCAUUGGCGUGA